CCCGGAUGUACAGAAAAGCACGUGACGGUGCUUUGAGCGUGUGGAAGAGAGCGUGAGAUGAAAGGUAAGUUUGUGGGUAAGCGAAGUCUUUUGAGAACCUUGCAAGCAUUGGGUUCAGUUCCAGACUGGGAAACUGGGAAUGUUUUUGAGGAUAGUGAUGAGGAGAAAGACGCCUCCACUACAGUUAAGGCAACAAAAAAGAAAAGGUGCAAAAAGCGUAAAAGAACAUCUAAUGCUGUAAAUGAAGGGAAGCAGCAGGAUAAAGUAGAUUCAUCUGAACCGCCUGUGAAGAAGAAGCCAGCAGAGAAGACCGUAAAUGAAACAAGUUCUAAGGUGUCACAAGAGUCCAGAAGAGAUACAAAUGACAAAGGAGUCGGACAUCAAUUGGAGAAAACGGAAGGUCAAGCAGAGAACAAGCUAAGCAGAAAGCAGUGGAGGAACAAGACGAAGAACAAAAAAAGGUGUAAGAACAAAUAUCUUCCAGAAACAAUGGGAGUCGAUGAUGCCAAUGCAAAGGAGGAACCAUUAGUUCAAACACAGGACGUCAAAGAAUCCAAGAAAGUGAAGAAGCAUGACAGGGCAUCCAAAAAAACGAAGAAGUCUCAUGAAAAGAAUGGCAUUUCUUCCAUUUCGGACAAUGCUGAAAAUGGCAAAGACUCUAAAACAGAUGAAACAUCCAGCACAGGAACCAGAAUAGUAGAUGACUCCCUAAGUAACGAUAAAGCCUCACAUAAAGUGGAAGAUAAAGGGAAACCUUCUAAAAUGAUGAAAAAUUCGCAGGCAGAAAUAUUGCGUCGUAUUUUAAAGUCACAGCUUCCUGAUGAUGGCAAUAAAGCCUCAGAGGAACGAGAAGAACCAAAAGGUACAACAGUAAGUUUGAAGGGUGAUGAAGAGCAAGGGGCUCCUGACCCCUCAACUGCUUUAAGGGCAAAGAUGGAGAAGCGGUUAGAAGCCGCUCGAUUUCGCUACAUCAAUGAGCUGCUUUACACGUCCACCAGCGGUGAGGCCAAACGCAUGUUUCAGCAGGACCCAGAGGCCAUUGCAGUUUACCACAAGGGCUACACA